GAAAAGAGCAGUCGCGUCGCGUUCGCCUUGUAAAUAGGACGUUGGACCCCGUUUGCUGAUCGCAGGUGUCCUUCAUUCAACAUGUGACAAGCGUCAAUUAUCGGCCGUCGUGAACCAUUGGAACUGACUCUGUGUGAUCUGUGGGGUGAAGUAGUAAUAAUAUUUAUGUAUUGUUCUGUGAGGUGUGUGUAUGCACGAUGUCGCUGACAUGCCGGGUUCAGUAUCUGAACGACAUCGAUCCGUUCUCUUACACUACCAACUUCCCGGAUCCGGCGAGGCCUCCGCUGCACACUUUCAGCGUCACGCUGCCGCUCAUCAACCAGCUGGCUGCCAUACACCGGUUGCUCAAGUCUCCGCACAGGUUGGAUGAUGCGGCACUUCAGUUGUACAAAGAUGGGGAUUAUGGAUCUUACCUUGACCUCGAAGCCUCCAUAAGCGAACAGCAAGAGGAGUUUGAGGGUUUUCAAUCAAAUAAAAAGAAUUCCAUAGUUUUGAGAACACAACUUUCUGUCCGAGUACACACAAUAAUAGAAAAAUUGUUAACGUCCGAAGGUCGAGAGCUUCGUCGAGCAUUAUUCUCAUUGAAGCAAAUAUUCCAGGAAGACAAGGAUCUAGUUCACGAAUUCGUCCAAAACGACGGUCUAUCAUGUCUAAUAAAAGUAGGUUCAGAAGCCGACCAAAAUUAUCAAAAUUACAUUUUAAGAGCGUUGGGACAAGUAAUGUUAUACGUCGAUGGCAUGAACGGUGUUAUGGAACACAACCAGACUAUACAAUGGUUGUAUAGCUUGAUUUCUUCAAAGUUCAGAUUAGUGGUGAAGACUGCUUUAAAGUUGUUACUGGUAUUUGUUGAAUACACGGAUUCAAACUGUAUGCUAUUGAUAAAAGCCAUUCACACAGUGGAUUACACUCAGGGCGUCUUUCCUUAUCACAAUAUAAUGAAAUUGUUAAAAGACUUCGAUUCCGCUGAUACCGAGCUACUUAUUUACGCUACAACCUUAAUAAACAAGCUUCUAAAUGGAAUACCAGACCAAGACACUUAUUACGAUCAAACAGAUGCUCUAGAAGAACAAGGCUUUGAAGCUAUAAUUCAGAGGUACAUGUCUAAACCUGGAACAGACUUAGAUCUUCUCCAACAGUUCCAAAUCUACGAAGCAGUCUUGCAGUAUGAGGAUGGAGAAGAAAUCAAUGGAACUCCUAUCAGACAUCUGGACGAAAGUGUCAGAAAAACGAUUCGAAACAGGAAAGCGGUGGUAGAAUCGACGGAUCGGAGGAAAAGUAGAAGACAUUCUACUGGAAAUACUCCGGUGUAUACUGGUUUGAAUAGAAACAACAACAACAAUAUACUCCAAACUAAUAAAGAAGAUGAAGAUGAUGAGUCUUCCAGUUCGCAAUCCACUGGACUGAACAGUUCACAUUUAAAUGGAAGUUACAAGGAUAGUAGCAAAGCUAUUGACGCUGGCGUCACCCCUGCAUUGAAAAGACGACGAGAAAGAGCAGAACGUCAAAGGAGUUUUAUGAAGGAACAGGAAUCUGCUGCUUUAUUUAAAGGAUCUCUUCACAACUCGGAAAAUAAUGAGAACGAAAACGGAAACUAUACCAACGCCCUCCAGCAGAGGAUUGCGAAUGGAAAUGGAUUGAAUCGAAACGGCAGUAGGAAGGACAUGACGCCUUUACUAAACGCCGUUAAUAAACUAGAUUCUGAAGACAGCCUCAGCAAACAGCCAUGGAUUUAUUCGAUGAUACAGAACCAAGAAAACUUAGAAGAAGCGGAAAACACGAACGAGAUCGAUCGAAACGUUCUCUUGCAAUUAAAAAGAGAAAACACCGUCAAAGACAUAACUCAGAAAUUAGCCAACCAGAACAUUUUGCACAGUCCAUCGGAAGAAAACAAAAUGAAUAGAAUUGGCGAUAUGUCGGGGUUAAUAUCCAAAGCUAAAGAAGGUCUAGCGAAGUCCAAAUCGAAAGUGGACAUGUUAAAAAGCCCAACCAGUGAAACUAUGCCAAAAAUCGAGGUAAAAAAAUCGGAAAACGAACUGAGAUGGGAGGAACUUAUCGCAAACCUAAACAGAUCAUUGAAUUUAUGUGAUAUGGACUUCACAGACCUGGGCAGUGAAGACGAAGUAGAUGUAUUAGCACCGGUAGUUGUUACAAAUGGUGUGCCACCUCCACCUCCUCCUCUAAAGGACAUGGGUGGUUGCGCGCCACCACCUCCACCUUUGUCAAAUAGAUUGGCACCUCCAGCUCCGUGUCCUCCUCUGUUUGGAACGAACCUACAGAGGUAUAAUAGGCCUUCAGAUACCAAAAUUCCUAUGAAGAAGAACAAGAAAACGGUCAAGCUGUUCUGGAAAGAAGUGAGGGAUGAUCCGAUUAGCCAAGUUAAGUUAAAGACUGGGUUAAUUUGGGAUGAACUAACUCCAGUCUGUGUCGACACGCAGAAGCUGGAGCACUUAUUUGAAUCUAGGGCUAAAGAUUUGAUCACAAAGAAACAGCAAGAGAUGAACAAAAACAAGGAGAUCAUAGUUCUAGACCCGAAGAGAUCCAAUGCCAUCAAUAUCGGAAUGACAAAACUACCUCCACCAAGAUCAAUAAAAACGGCGAUAUUAAAAAUGGACGCAACCAUUAUGAACAGAGAAGGCAUUGAGAAACUCCUCACAAUGUUACCCACGGAAGAAGAAAGGACUAAAAUCCAAGAGGCGCAAGCAGCAAAUCCAGACCUGCCUCUAGGCAGUGCCGAACAGUUCCUUCUCACAUUAGCGUCAAUCUCUGAACUCCCUGCUAGAUUAAAGUUAUGGGCAUUUAAACUGGAUUUCGAGAACUCGGAAAGGGAGAUUGCUGAACCACUUAUGGAUCUCAAGCAGGGCUUCGAAGUUCUGCGUGUAAAUAAAACUUUUAGAGGGAUUUUAAGCACCCUGUUGUCCGUUGGCAACUUCCUGAAUGGUAACGAAGUGAAAGGAUUUCAAAUUGAAUAUCUCGCCAAAGUACCUGAAGUUAAAGACACUGUUCACAAGCAUUCGCUGCUGCACCAUCUUUGCCAUAUUGUGAUGGAAAAGUUUCCAGAAGCUACAGAUCUCUAUUCAGAAAUUGGAGCUAUAACCAGAGCUUCCAAAAUCGACUUUGACGAACUUGCCUUAAAUAUCCAGAGACUGGAAGCUGAUUGCAAAGCCUCUUGGGAUCAUUUGAAACUGAUAGCGAAACAUGAUGGGUCAACAAUGAUGAAGGUGAAAAUGUCUGACUUCCUGUCCGACUGUGCAGAAAGGAUCAUACUCUUAGGAAUAAUUCACAGAAGGAUAAUUAAUAGGUUUCACAAAUUUCUGCUAUGGUUGGGUAUUCCCUUGCAUCAAAUCUCAGAUACGAAGCCUAACGAAUUUUGUCGAGUAGUGUCGGAGUUUGCGUUAGAAUAUAGAACUACGAGAGAACGAGUUCUGCAACAGUUGGAGAAGAAAGCUAAUCAUAGAGAACGAAAUAAAACUAGAGGAAAAAUGAUAACAGACAUAGGGAAAUUUAGGUCAAAAGAAGACCGCGCGGAUGCGGAGUUAAGGCAACUUUUGGGGAGUGACAUUUCUGACGUGGAAAGUAUGCAAGGUACGUUACCUUGGAGGAGAACUCGCCGCGACGGAAACAGAUCAUUCUUGAAUUCUGCUAACGGCAAUUUAACCGAUGGCGAUGAUGAAAUAAUCGAAAGUUUGGUUAAAACUGCCACCAAGGGAUCCUCUACGCGAACGGCGCCCCGGGAAAGGAAGAGGACCCGACAUGCCGACAGGAAGUCUCUUCGCAGAACACUUAAAAAUGGACUAUCUGAAGAAGAGAAGAAGCAUCUGUCAGCGUAUAUUAAAGGAUAUUAACACGAUAUUUAAAGCCAAACAGUGCUGUGUCCUGCAAUAACUAAGUUAUUUAUUAAACCACUUCUACAUCUCAAAGAUGUAAAAUUGUAUACUGACUAUUAUGUGAUAAAUUUAUGGCUGCUCACUCAUCUUGUUGUUUUUUUUUUUACUAUUUAUAUGCGUACGUUUUAAGUUGAGUAGAUACUAGUAUUAGGUUUAUUUAUUUUCAUUUGUAAGGGAUGAGGAACAGCUGUCUAACUGUAUUUAUAAUUAUUGUGCCUUUCCCAAAAUGGCUACUAGUCUUGGUUUUAUUCAGUGAAUUAGUUUUUAUUUUCUUUUAUCACAAUUCAAUUUUCUUUUCUUGUAGCUGUAACUAAAUAAGACUCAUGUGACUGUUUACAACCUGCCUUUCGAUGUAUUUUAAGAUUUUUUAUUUCAUUUUCAUUACUGCUGUGUUUACGUUAUUAAUUAAGUAUUGUUUAAAUAAAAUAUGCAUUAAAAGAAAAUAUGUGUACCUGUUUUUAUUUUCAGUUUCAUUCCACAAGA